AAGUCGUCAAUUUACAGUUUGUUUUUUGUCAAUGAAGGUUUUCUUUCCCGUAGGCGUAGCACGUUUUUCUUUUUGUCAAUUUACAUGUAGUAGCACUUCCAAUAGCUACAUCGCUUCAGGUGAAAACUAAUUAUGUGACUUGUCCCAGAAACAAAAUUGCCGCAUGAUCGAUGUUCUAUAAUGUUCUUGAUUGCAGCGAGAUGAAGUAGAACUAGAACACUCAUGUCGAUGGUGUCCCACUUGUCCACAUAGCCUGAAUCGACCAAACAGCCGUAUCGUGAUCAAUCAGCAACAAGGUCGACUGGAUUUGCUUCCCGACGAAAGAGAGAGGCUGGCUGCAAAACUGGCCUAGAAGUGGGCAACAAACUGGUGUUAGUUCAUCAUGAAGCUCCAAAUCAAGGCGGUGCGCAACGGCGCGGUGCAAAUGCACGAAAAAGAGGUGGCGGAUCCAAGCGCCAUCACAGUACUGGAGUUUAAGCAGGAUAUCGCAACGCAGGUCGGUUUAGCGGCCGAGAAUAUACGGUUGGUUUGCGAGGGGCGCGUUUUCGAAAACAACUAUCCGUUGGCGCACUACAAUGUGUCGGAAUCUGCGACAAUCCACUGUCUGGAAUACCGCCAGGCCGCGGCGCCGUCCGCCGCUUCGCAAGUCCUGCCGCAGUCGAACCCGCAAGAGGAGAUGAUGGCGCAGCUGCUCAAUAAGUAUGAAAGUGGCAGAGGCAGAGAUCUUACCGCACCGGGCUUGGAGGUGUAAUAGUAGUUGUAGGUGAUUUGUUUUGCAUUGUAUUAACUUGGCGGAAUGCUUUCGGUGAAAUUUAUUUAUUUCAAGACUUUGUAGGUUGCACGCACAAAUAAAAUGGGGGUCAUAUUGUGGAUGCGUCACGCACAGUUGCAUGUUCGGAGGGCGUUCGGUGCUGAUAUAAGAUCGCUUUCGGCAAAUGUUGUAUGCGUAUCUGAUUAGUCGAGUUGUGCAUGAUUUCACGCGCACAGUUGUACUGGUUAGUCGAGUUGCCAUCGCGCACAGGUGGAGUUGUACUUAGUUGGUGCGUGGACCACACGGAACAAUACAUACCUCCAAGCCCAAGCUUUUUUCCUUUUCACAACUCCCCCAUGAUGGAAGCGAUGAUGAAUAGCCCGGAGAUGAUGCAAAUGAUGCUGCAGAUGAAUCCGCAGGUAGCACUUGUGCUUGCUGUUCUAUUAGUGGCCACGAUAAAUUCUUGCGCGAGGAAGGAAUGAGAUGAUAACGCGGGCACAAUUAAGUAGUAGACAGAUGAAGUCUUUUGCAUCAUGUUUGAACUUCUUCCAAUUGUACCACAGUUGCAGCAGCUGUGCGAACAAAACCCGGACAUCCGGAGGAUCCUGGAGGAUCCAGAAACCAUGCAGCAGUCCAUGCGUGCCAUGCGCAAUCCUGCCCUGAUGCGGGAGAUGAUGCGGUCGGCGGACCGCGGCAUGGCGCAGCUAAACACCAUUCCCGGAGGCGAAGACGCGCUGCGAAGGUACUACUUGGGGUCUACUAUGCUCUUGUUGUUCAUUGUCCCAGGCAACAUUCAUCAGCGAGCUCCUUCGAAGUUGGUUUCUCGAAAGCACGCAUAUUACAUACAUGAGCAGUCCACCUCUGAUACUUAGCGAGAAUGUACAAUUGCUUUUACAGGUUACAUACGGAGAUGGUCGAUCCCCUGUAUGAUUCAAUGAGUGGCUCGGGCGCACAAGACGGCUCCACAACCGGCUCCGCCUCGAAUACUAACCCAAAUCGGUAUUCCCAGGACGAGAUUCCGACCGCACCACUAGCAAACCCCUUCGACCAAUCGCGCAACGCGGGUGCAGCUGGCGGACCGACGAGUCGAGCCGCUGGAGCAGGACCACCAGGUAUAGUUGACUUUUGCGAAUUUCUCUCGUUGUUUUUUGCGUGGUGCCGUGUCGUCGCUGAACAAACGGUUUUGCCUCUGACGUUUUCGAGUUGAUUUUAAUCCUUCUCAAAUUUUUAGGUGCCGGUGCAGCACCUGCGCUUGGAAUGCCUUUUGGCGGGUUUCCGGCGAUGGGUGGCGGCGCCGCUCCCACAGGAGGUAUGAUUUUUUGGACGCAAGAGGUCGUGUUCAUGCCCUUUGAAAAUAAAGCUAUAGCUUUCUGCGCGCACAGAAGGACAAAGAUGAAAGUGGAGUGCAAGAAUUUCAAAAAGCUUUGACUCUGACUGAUGGAAUAAGUAUCGAAUCGCCUUUGAUCUUCUUCUACCCCAGGCGCAAACCCGUUCUUUCCCAUGGGCGGGUUUCCACCAGCUAUGCCUGGAGCAGCUGCGGGGGGAGCCGCCGGCAGCCCAGGCACAGGAGCUGCAGCCGCGAACCCUUUCGCGAACCUGUUCGCAGGGUUGCAACAGGCGGGUGGCGCGACGUCCUCUACCGCGAGCAGCACCGCGGCCGCCGCCCGGGAUCCAGCUUCCGAUGAGUUCAAACUAGAGCUGAAAUACGAGCAGCGCACCAUUUUUCACAUCUGCAAGAAGACAACCACGGUUCGCGACCUGAAGGGCGAGAUCGAGCCCCUGGUGAACUUCCGCAGGGUUUACGUGCGGUUGAUACGAAACGGGGCGGUUUGGAGCGACGCGGCGAAAACCGUCGCUGAUUACUUGACGCCGGCGGAUGCUGCACCGUCAGCAGACGCGGCUGCAACCACCACCUACACAGUGUAUAUUCUGAAGAACGUGGAAUCCGGCCAGCGCGAAAUUCCACUGCUCCCGACUCCGGGAGUCGGUGCGGGUACCUCGCCCUUGAACCCGGCCGCGCCGAAUCCAUUCGCUGCGAUGUUCGGCGGUGCUCCACCCGGGGGCGGAGCGAUGGGCGGCAACCAGCAGGACGCGCUGCUGCAAAUGUUGCUCGGGGGCGGAGGCGCUGGUGGCUUCGGAGGAGCAGGCGGAGCCUUCGGCGGCGGGGUCGUCGCCAAUCCGCGGGAAACCUACGCCACGCAACUAGGACAGCUUCGUGCGAUGGGCUUCGAGGAUGAGGAGCGAUGUGUGCAGAUUCUGAAUGAAGUCAAUGGGGACGUUUCUCGGGCGCUCGACCGGCUCUUCGGAACGUGA